UCCUCCACCUGCCUUUUACACAGGGGGGGAUGGGGCACCUUCUGCGUACUUUACUUUCUCUAACUUAUUGUUAAGCCACUUCACUUUCAUCUUCCAGAAUAGAACGUAGAAGCUAAAUAAGCUAAGCCUAUUUCUAUAUGCGAUUCCCCCUACAAGAUGACGGGUUUAAAUCCUAACUCUAUGGAUUAAAUUGGUACCGCUUAAAAUCAAAUGCAUUUAAAUGUAAAAGCUUCUGCGGGCUAGAACAUGUCAAUUGACAACAACUCCUUUAAAAUAUUGCAAUGAUGUCCUGCCAGGCAUUCAAACAUUUACGUUUUAGUUAGUUGGAUUUACAACUACAUAAAACAAUAUAAAACAGACGCAAUAACCCAAUUUGGUUCAUUUGAAUAGAAUUUGGAAAGAAAAUGGAGACCAGUGGAAACAUGAACCGAAACACAUUUGAUAUGAAACCGAUAUUCAUUAUUUUGAUUUGGGGAGCAUGCCUGACUCAGAAAAAGACAUGCCUCGAUGACCCCUAUCAAUCUGCCACGAGCCGAGAGUAACUACUACAAUAGCAUUAGCAUACCAAUGCUCCAUUCAGCUCAGCCAAUGAGAGCGCUCCCUAUUCAUAGGGGCCACGAGCUAGAGAGUAUAAAUACGCCGCACAGUCACUGUUUUGACACUGCAUUUCGGACUUACUUUCCGACAACACAACCUUCUUAUCUUCUCAAUCUCUCUUGUGGACUAUCCUGCAUCAUCAUCAUGACUCUUGAGGAAGUUCUGACCCAGAAGCCCACCGAGCAUGCCCAGUGCACCGGCAAAGCCCUGGAAGAAACAUUGGUUUCCGCUAAAGACAGCGACUGCCUGACCGUUGGUGUCUACGAAUCUGCUAAAAUUAUGAAUGUUGACCCAGACAGUGUGUCUUUCUGCGUCCUGGCUACCGACGAGGAGUUUGAGUGUGACAUCGCUCUCCAGAUCCACUUCACCCUCAUCCAGUCGUUCUGCUUCGACAACGACAUCAGCAUCGUCAGAGUGAGCAACAUGGACCGCCUGGCUGAGAUUGUCGGUGACAAGUCUGGUCAACUGGAAGAUGCUCACUGCGUCCUAAUCACGAACCCAGCUGAUGGUACUUGGGAGGACCCGGCUCUGGAGAAGCUGCACCGGUUCUGUGAGGAGAGCCGCAGCCUGAACGACUGGGUUCCUGAGAUCACCCUGCCUGGCCGCUGAACUGGGACCUUACACUUCUCUUCUGAGAUGCUGAAUACCCGUUCUACAAGGAAAUACUCAUCCUACUCUACAGGAUGACCCUGUUUUCUCAUCCCUGGAUCCUCCUGAGGAGAAUUCCAAUCCAGGCAGCGCGUGGCCGGCUCGAGGGGCCCCCGCGAUCCGUCGUCUCUUGUACCGUCCAUGCCAAGGUGACUCUCAUUCUUUAUGUGAAUGAGGUCAGGUAUGCCACGAGAGCGACAAAAGGACCCUCAUUCUUUGUGCGGAUGAGGUUUGGAGAGAAAGGAGAAGCGAGUUCUGCAUCCUGUGGUCCACAGAGCGAGAGUCGCACGUUGAAGCACGCGCAGUAGGAGAUGAAGCGGUGCUGAGAAAGAAGCGUUCUUAAAAAGGGACUUUUUAAAAUGUCUUCUUGCUGAGCAACACUAACACCGUUGCUGCCAGCGAAAUAUUUCCCACUUUCCAAAAUUGUCUUAAUUCUCUAAAGGUUUCACUUUAGAAAUUUAAUAAUGACAACACUAAUAUAAAAAAAAACUUUUAUCAAUGCUCUGAAGGUUUCACUUCAGAACAUUUGAAUAGGCAUGUUAAAGUUAAAUGUUAAGUUAUUAUGAGCUUAACAUUACACAUGUCCAAUAUAAAUGUAAAAAAAGACAAGAAAAUACUAAGAAAAAUGACAAAUUCUUUGAAUGUUUCACUGGAAAUGUUAUUU